AAGGGGGAGGGGGGACAGUCAUGGUGGGCCAGCAGGAACCCCCCUGAAAGACCCCCAACUCUCAACCCCCCCACGUUCUCUCGCAGCCGGGCUCCUGAAAGGCAGCUCAACCAAACGCAAGCGUGAGAGACACAGCGAGAGCGAGAGACUCGACAGGGCAGCACACUCCGAGACGGAGAGAGAGAAAGCAGAAAGUAAGGGAAGUGGAGCAGGGAGCCUCGGAGGGGGGUUGAGGAGGUGAGCGAAGGGUGUAAAGCAAGAGAGGUGAGGGAGAGGGAAAGACAAAAGAGAGGGAAAACCAGAGUGGAGGGAGACCAGAGGGAAAUGGCUUCGGAGGAGACCGCUGGAGGAGCUCGCAAAGCCACCAAGAGCAAAUUAUUUGAGUUCCUCGUCCAUGGAGUGCGGCCCGGUAUGCCAUCAGGAGCACGAAUGCCUCAUCAGGGGGCCCCAAUGGGGCCUCCAGGACCACCAUUUGGAGGAAGUCCUGCUGUCCGGCCCGGACUCACCAAUCAAGCCAUGGAAGCCAGUCGUAAACGGCCCGCUCCUUCACAGCAGCAGAUUCAACAGCAGCAGUCUGUACAGAAUCGAAACAGGAAGAAGCCUGUUGGAUUUCCUGGACCAAAUGAGAUGCCAGGGAGACAGAUGGACAUGAGAGAGGCCCAAUCAGAUCCCACACUCAGAUCAAAUGCCAAGAGGAGGAAGAUGGCUGAUAAGAUCCUUCCACAAAGGAUUCGUGAGCUUGUUCCGGAGUCACAGGCGUAUAUGGAUCUGUUGGCAUUCGAGCACAAAUUAGACCAGACCAUAAUGCGCAAACGGGUGGACAUCCAAGAGGCACUUAAGAGACCCAUGAAGCAAAAGCGAAAACUGCGUCUCUACAUCUCCAACACGUUUAACCCUGCCAAGCCUGAUGCAGAGGACUCUGAAGGAAGCAUUGCAUGCUGGGAGCUACGUGUGGAGGGCAAACUGCUGGAUGAUCCGGGAAAGAUGAAGAGGAAGUUCUCCUCAUUCUUCAAGAGUCUGGUGAUUGAGCUUGACAAAGACCUUUACGGCCCUGAUAACCAUUUGGUUGAGUGGCAUCGUACCCCAACCACUCAGGAGACAGACGGUUUCCAGGUGAAGAGGCCUGGAGAUGUGAACGUGCGCUGCACCCUGCUGUUAAUGCUGGAUUACCAGCCGCCUCAGUUUAAACUGGAUCCGCGUCUGGCUCGUCUGCUGGGAAUACACACACAGACUCGCUCCAGUAUCAUCCAGGCCCUCUGGCAGUAUGUCAAAACCAACAAACUGCAGGACUCACAUGACAAGGAGUACAUCAACUGUGACAAGUACUUCCAACAGAUCUUUGACGGUCCACGUCUGAAGUUCUCUGAAAUUCCACAGCGCCUCACCAACCUUUUGCUCCCCCCCGACCCUAUUGUCAUCAAUCACAUCAUUAGCGUCGACGCUAAUGAUCAGAAAAAGACGGCGUGCUAUGACAUUGAUGUAGAGGUGGAAGAUCCCCUUAAAGCACAAAUGAGCAGCUUCUUGCUCUCCACAGCCAAUCAGCAAGAGAUUGCCUCUCUGGACAACAAGAUCCACGAGACUAUUGAGUCCAUCAAUCAGCUGAAGAUCCAGAGAGAUUUCAUGCUCAGCUUCUCCAGAGAUCCCAAAGGCUACAUCCAGGACUGGCUCAAAUCCCAGAGCAGAGAUCUGAAGCUGAUAACAGAUGUUGUUGGGAACCCAGAGGAAGAGAGGAGAGCAGAGUUUUAUCAUCAGCCUUGGUCUCAGGAGGCUGUUAGCCGUUACUUCUACUGCAAGAUUCAGCAGAGGAGGCAGGAGCUGGAGCAGGCCUUGGCCUUGAGGAACACCUAGAACUCACACCGACCACAUUCAGAAAACAUGGCUCAUUUGUGACAACACUGCCUCCUCAUGGAGAUCCGUGCAUUCUUUUACACAGUGUAUGGGGGUUUGUGUGUGUCCAGUUAUCAUUGUUGUCACUGUGACCUACAAUCCACCAUAAUGGACCAAUCACACCCUGUUACUCCUGCAGCCCCAUUGUAUAGACCAAUUUAGAGUAGACGUCACAGUUACGUCACUUGCAGCUGC